CUCGCACUUCUCCGGCCAUGCUUCCCCUCCGGGCAGGCGUCCGUCGGGUCGCGGCUUCCCACAGCAGACCGUCAGCCCGGUUCCGCGGUGACAGCCCGGGGCCACGGACGCCUCACUUCGACGUGCUCGUCGUCGGCGGGGGACAUGCCGGGUGCGAGGCCGCCGCCGCCGCCGCCCGCUGCGGCUCCCGGACUGUGCUGCUCACGCACCGCGUGGACAUGAUCGGUCAGAUGUCCUGUAAUCCUUCCUUUGGCGGCAUUGGAAAGGGGCAUUUAAUACGGGAAGUCGAUGCAUUGGAUGGCCUGUGUGGACGAAUCUGCGAUCAGUCUGGUAUACAUUACAAAGUCCUCAAUAAGCGUAAGGGACCGGCUGUGUGGGGCCUGAGAGCACAGAUUGAUCGGAAACUCUACAAGCAGAACAUGCAGAAAGAGAUACUGAGCACACCGCUGCUGACUGUUCAAGAGGGGGCUGUGGAAGAUCUCAUCCUCGAGGAAGCAGAGUCCGAGUACCCCGGAAAGUGCCGAGUGAGUGGUGUUGUUUUAGUGGAUGGAAGUGCAGUCUAUGCGGACAGUGUUGUUCUGACUACAGGAACAUUUCUGCGAGGCCUGGUUGUAAUUGGAUUGGAGAUGCAUCCAGCUGGACGAUUAGGAGAUCAGUCAUCCAUAGGUUUAGCUCAGACUCUGGAAAAGUUGGGGUUUAUGGUGGGAAGACUGAAGACUGGGACUCCACCACGAAUUGCCAAAGACUCUAUUAAUUUUAGCAUUCUAAACAAGCAGUCACCAGAUAACCCAUCCACGCCCUUCAGCUUCAUCAAUGAGACAGUGUGUUUUAAGCCAGAAGACCAGCUGCCAUGUUAUUUGACUCAUACCAACCCUAAAGUGGAUGAAAUUGUCCUUGAGAACCUUCACCUUAAUAGUCACGUUAAGGAAACGACAAGAGGGCCAAGGUACUGUCCCUCCAUUGAAUCAAAGGUUUUGCGUUUUCCGAACCGGCAGCAUCAGGUUUGGUUGGAACCUGAGGGAUUGGAUUCUGACCUCAUUUACCCUCAAGGGUUAUCUGUGACGCUACCCGCUGAGUUACAGGAAAAAAUAAUCACAUGCAUCAGAGGCUUGGAGAAAGCCAAGAUGAUCCAGCCAGGCUAUGGUGUUCAGUAUGAUUACUUGGAUCCACGUCAGAUCAUGCCUUCUCUUGAGACUCAGUUGGUGCAGCGUCUCUUUUUUGCUGGGCAGAUAAAUGGUACCACUGGUUAUGAGGAAGCUGCUGCUCAGGGAGUGGUUGCUGGGAUUAAUGCAAGUCUUCGAGUCUGCAGCAAGCCUCCAUUUGUCAUUAGCCGGACAGAAGGCUACAUAGGAGUUUUAAUUGAUGAUCUUACGACCCUGGGCACAAAUGAGCCCUAUCGCAUGUUCACCAGCCGAGCGGAGUUCCGCUUGUCGCUGCGCCCUGAUAACGCAGACAGCAGGCUCACAUUCCGAGGAUACAAGGAAGCCAACUGUGUGUCCUUACAACGAUAUAAACGAGCUACUUGGAUGAAGUCUGCUUUAGAUGAAGGCAUCUCUGUACUUCAGUCCAUUGAGUUUUCAAGUUCCAAAUGGAAAAAGUUCAUCCCAGAGGCUUCUAUAAGUCCUGAUAAAAGUCUGCCUCUCAGAGCUCUAGAUGUUCUGAAGUAUGAGGAAGUUGAUAUGGAGUUGUUAGCCAGGGCUGUUCCAGAGCCCUUGAAGAAGUACACUGGAUGUAGAGAGCUUGCUGAAAGACUGAAAAUAGAAGCCACUUAUGAAUCAGUAUUAUUCCAUCAGCAACAAGAAAUAAAAGAAGUUCAGCAAGAUGAAGCUCUCCAGUUGCCUAGAGACUUAGACUAUUUGACUCUCAGGAAUGUUUCCUUGUCCGAUGAAGUCAGAGAGAAGCUCCACUUCAGCCGCCCACAGACGAUUGGAGCAGCUAGUCGGAUACCUGGAGUGACGCCCGCUGCCAUCAUUAAUCUGCUCCGAUUUGUGAAGAGCACUCAGCAGAGACAGGCAGCCUUGGGAAAACUUCCCCAAGCCUACCACAGUCCACUGGAAGCAGAUGCCCACGAAAAGAGACGGUUAAAGCCUUCUAUUCCAGAGAGGCCUGUAAAUCAAUACAAAGUAUAAAGAAGAAUUUAUAUUUAGCAUGUUAAUAUUAAGUUAUUAGGAAUAAUAAUCAUGAGUUUGUUGAUAAUUUUAAAGAAGAGAAAAUUACAAAUGUGCCUUUUUGUGCAUUUGAAAAAAUAGCUGUAAAAUUUUAAUUUACAUUUUUUUUGUUGGGAUGUAGGUGAUGACAGGAUCAAACCGUAAUUUUCAGGGAAUAUGCUUUACCACUGAGAUUAAA